AUGGGCAGACGGACAUCUUUUAUAUCCUUCAGUCCAGAUGGCAAGUACAUCCUGUUUGCAAGAAACAAUGCAUCGCUUGUGUACAGGGCACCAGAUGCUCACAUCAAGCAGUACACUCCAUUUGCUUUGGAGAGAAUCUUCCAGAAGAGUUAUGAUGAUGUGCAAUGCUUUUCAUGGACUUCAGAUUCUUGUGUAUUUGCUGUUGGAGCUCUGGAUGGCAACACACAUGUUAUACCACUGAAAAGGUGUUCCAACAUGUUAGUGCAAUGUUUAGGCACACAUGGAGAUUCAGUUGUUGGUUGCCACUUUGAAAAAAACUCUUUGGACUUGAUAACAGUGGGACGGAAUGGGAGUGUGUUUCUCUGGCAGUGCGAUUUGGAACUUUCUGAUUUGAAACUUUCACAUGAUUCAGAAGAGCCAUUGGAAAAACGAAGGAAGGCAGAAGAGAGUGAAGAUGAAAUGGGGAGUGAUGAAGAGAAAGCUGAAAAGGCACUAGAAGAGCCAGACAAACCAAAGAGGAAAGUAUAUAAGAGAACUCUGGUGUAUCAUGCAAGUGACUUGGUGAAGGAUGCAGGGGGUAAAAAGAUAUAUGAUUCCACCCUUACUGCAACUGCCUACCAUGCAGAGAACCACAUUCUGGUACUUGGAUUCUCAACUGGAGCCUUCUUCCUCCUUGAAAUGCCUGAGGCGAAUUUGAUUCAUUCUUUGAGUAUGCCCCAUGAGGUCUCCACCAUCAACAUAAACAAGAGUGGAGACUGGAUUGCCCUUGCAUCUAAAAUCAGAGGUCAGCUUGUUGUUUGGGAAUGGCAAUCAGAAUCAUACAUUCUCAAGCAAGAAGGACACAUAAACAACAUGACAUGUGUCAGCUACUCUCCAGAUGGUCAGUUCAUAGCAUCAGGUGGAGAAGAUUCUAGGCUCAAAUUAUGGCACACUUCCAGUGGCUUCUGCUUUGUUACAUUCACUGAUCAUGCAGCACCUGUGACUGGUGUUAGCUUCACAAGCAAUGGAAAGGCAGUAUUAUCAGCCUCACUAGAUGGCACAGUUCGUGCAUUUGAUUUGGCUCGGUACAGAAACUUUCGAACCUUCACCUCACCAACACCGGUCCAGUUCUCCUGCAUUGCUGUGGAUCCCAGUAGUGAACUUGUGGCUGCAGGAACCCAGGAUACUUUUGAUACGUACGUUUGGUCCAUGAAAACUGGACGAUUAUUAGAGGUGCUGGCAGGUCACGAAGGCCCAGUGGCAGGUGUUGCAUUUAACCCAAUGCCAACUGAAACUCUUAUGGCUUCAUGCAGCUGGGACAAAACUGUGAAACUUUGGGAUGUAGUGACAUCUGCUACAGCUCGUGAAACUAUUACACUUACUUCAGAUGGUUUGUGUGUGACUUUCCGUCCAGAUGGCAAGGAAUUAGCUGUUGCAACACUUGAUGGAAACAUAUAUUUCUUUGAACCUUUGCAUGCAACACAGGUUGGCAGUAUUGAGGGACGCUAUGACUUGGGUAGUGGAAGGAAGGACACAGAUAUGAUUUCAGCUAAGAAAUCUAUGCAGGGCAAAGCAUUUACAACAUUGUGCUACUCAGCUGAUGGAGAAUGCAUUCUUGCUGCAGGACAGUCCAAGUACAUAUGCUUAUAUCAUAUCAAAGAAGGGGUUCUUCUCAGGAAAUUUAUGGUCACACAGAACCUUUCCUUUGAUUCAAUGAAUGAAUUUGUCAACAGGAGAAAAAUGACUGAGUUUGGAAACUUGAGUCUUGUGGAGGACCGAGGAGAGGGGGAGAAGGUAGCUAUUGCUCUGCCUGGUGUGAAGAAAGGAGACAUGGCCACCCGCACAUUCCGUCCAGAAGUGCGGGUUACUUCCAUUAGAUAUGCACCCACUGGAAGGUGCUUCAUAGCCACAACCACUGAAGGUAUAUUAAUAUUUUCUUUGGAUGCUAGACUCAACUUCCAGCCAUAUCAGUUGGAUGAAACUGUCACACCAACUGCAGUUCACAAAGCUUUGCAUAAUGAAGAAUUUGGCAUGGCUCUUAUCCUUGCAUUUCGUUUGAAUGAAUUCAGGCUGAUCCAGGAAGUGAUUGAAUCAACUCCUGUGAAAGAUGUGGAGGUUAUUGCAUCAGGCCUUCCUCUUGAUUUUGUGAUGAAAAUGCUAUCAUUUUCAGCCACACAACUUGAAAGAUCUUCACAUGUAGAGUUUUAUCUCAUCUGGAUUCAAAGCUUGCUGUAUUGUCAUGGCAUGGUCUUGAAAUCUGGUUCCUCAGAUCUGAUCCCUGUCUUAAGGUCUUUGCAGAGGAACCUGAGUAUAAAACGUGAAGAAAUUGGGAAAAUCUGUGAUCAUAAUAAGUUUCUUAUGAAGUACCUACAUGCACUGCACAUCUUGAAAAAGGAGAAGAAUCAAGACAAACCUAAUGAAGUCAUGGAAGAUCAUGACAAUAUUAUGGAAAUUGAGGCUAUUUGA